ACUAACCAGGAGAGUAAAAUAUAUUAUAAUAAAAUAUAUAUAUAUAUAUAUAUUAAAAUAAAAGAAAAGGGUGAAAGAAGGUGGGUGGAAUAAAUUAAGAGAAAUGAGAGAUAUGAUUAAAGUGGGUUUGAAAGUGGAAAAAAGAUGAGAGAGAGGGAUGUCCCGCAUAUUGAUGGUGGGUCUUGAUGCAGCUGGUAUUGCUGGUGGCUCAAUUAAGGGUUAUGGGUGUCCAGGUCACUCCAUUACAGCGACAAAGGUUACAGGAGGUUGGAUCCUUGAAGGUCAAAAGCGCUGGAUAGAUAAUGACCAAUAUAAUAUAUCAUACUAUAAUAAUAUAAUAUAUUAUAAUAGGACAUACCAGCCCACAGAACUUAGAAACCACCACCAGUAACCGUGGGCCAAAUUACCACCCACGUGAAAUGUAUCGGGAAUCUCAUCUUGGCAAGCGGCUUCCUGCUUAUGACGGAAGAAAGAGCUUGUAUACUGCGGGUCCUCUCCCUUUCACUUCAAAAGAGUUCAAAAUCACUCUCAUUGAUGAAGAUGAUGGAACAGGCGGUGCUAGGAGAGAGAGGGAAUUCAGAGUUGUGAUAAAAUUUGCUGCACGUGCUGACCUGCACCAUUUGGGGUUGUUUUUACAAGGAUGGCAGGCCGAUGCACCGCAAGAAGCUCUCGCACUGGGGUUUGCAUUCUGUCUCUCUCUGCUCAGUCUCAGCUCAAAAGCUAUGGAGAAGUGUUACCCGACUGCGAGCGAGGAAUACAAGAAGGCUAUUGACAAAGCCAAGAGGAAGCUCAGAGGCCUCAUCGCUGAGAAGAACUGUGCUCCGAUAAUGCUCCGUCUCGCAUGGCACUCUGCUGGACUUACAGUUGAUCAUCCUAUCAUGACAACCACUAAUUUUUGGACAUCGCAUGAGUGCUUGCUCUUGCCUUAUGAGCAGUCACUUACCAGGAUGGAUUCAACUUCCGGCUGGUACUAUGAUUGGGCUGCUCAUAUCCUCUGGGCUGGAGAACGAACUCGGCAACUUGAUGGUGCCCAUGUUGAGUUCUUGAGAGGAAUGGCUAAUCCCCUUGGAAUUAAGGUGAGUGACAAAAUGGACCCAAAUGAGCUGGUUAAGCUUAUUGAGAUAUUGAAUCCUCAGAACAAAACAGGGAGGAUUACAAUUAUUGCAAGAAUGGAAGAGAGAGACAAGAGUUCAGUUAUGGAAUUUGUGGCAGCGGAUGGGAGGUAUGUGUAGAGGUCCGGCGGGCGGCCAAGGCGAGGCUGCCGCCCGCUGGUGAAGCAGAAUUAUUAGAUUCUAAACCUGCUCUGAUACCAUGUAAAAUAUAUUGAUGUAUAUUAUUGAUUGAUAUAAUGUUAUCUAUA